UGAGGAAGGAGUCACAGUUCUUGAACUAAACCCCCUCAGCGAUGUAUCGGUACAUGAACAGACCCCCUUCAAACUUUAUCCCACGCCAAAGGUCUGUGUGACUGGACUGGAGAAGAGUGAGGAAGCUGUGAGAUGCUUUUGCCGGGUAAAGUGUGACGCACCAGUUGACGGUGCUGGCAGACAGCUGGGAAAGAUUACGUCGGCAUUGCUUAACCGAGGCACUUUAAAAUCCAGAUCACAAGACUUUGCGCCUUCAAGUAACGUUACUACGCUAAGAAUCCAAGAGGGGGAUGAUGGACAACGGAGGGUUUUGCGACGAUAAUUAUCACAAUUUAAGCAGUGAUGAUGAGCUGGUGGACAUUUCAGAUGUUACAAUGGACUUCAAUGAGGAUGUCCCGCCUCUGGACCGAGAUUACAGCACAGUAGCCACAGGCCACUGUAAAGCAAAUGGGAGACUAUACAACAGUCCUAAGCUGUUGGAUCUACUGGAUGACACCAUUCCUGGCAUUGGCACCUAUGAGGACUUCAACACCAUCGACUGGGUUAGGGAGAAGUCUAAAGACAGAGAUCGACAUAGAGAGAUCACCAAUAAGAGUAAGCAGUCGACACUAGCCUUGCUCAUCCGCAUCAGUGAUGCCUUUUCUGGCUGGCUUCUAAUGCUCCUCAUUGGACUCAUGUCAGGGGCCUUGGCUGGAGGUAUAGACAUUGCCGCCCAUUGGAUGACAGACCUUAAAGAGGGUGUCUGCCUAAACGGUUUCUGGUUUAAUCAUGAGGACUGUUGCUGGACAUCCAAUGAAACCACUUUCAAGGAAAGAGACAGGUGUCCUCAGUGGAAAAGCUGGGCAGAGCUCAUGGUUGGAGUCAAUGAGGGGGCCAGUGCGUAUGUGGUGAGCUAUUUCAUGUAUGUGAGCUGGGCUCUUCUCUUCGCCUUCCUGGCAGUGACUCUGGUGAGAGCCUUCGCCCCUUAUGCUUGCGGUUCAGGAAUACCAGAGAUUAAAACCAUCCUGAGUGGCUUCAUAAUCCGUGGGUACCUAGGAAAGUGGACUUUGAUCAUAAAGACCAUCACGCUGGUGCUGGCCGUCUCUUCCGGCCUCAGUCUGGGGAAAGAGGGUCCACUGGUUCACGUAGCCUGUUGCUGCGCAAACAUCUUAUGCCAUUUCUUCACCAAAUACCGUCGAAAUGAGGCCAAGAGACGAGAGGUGUUGUCUGCUGCAUCUGCAGUGGGAGUGUCCGUAGCGUUCGGUGCUCCUAUUGGAGGGGUGCUUUUCAGUCUUGAGGAGGUCAGCUACUACUUCCCUCUGAAGACUCUGUGGCGUUCAUUCUUCGCUGCUCUGGUUGCUGCAUUCACCCUUCGCUCCAUCAACCCCUUCGGCAACAGCCGUCUGGUGCUUUUCUACGUGGAGUUCCACACUCCCUGGCAUUUUCUAGAACUCAUACCUUUCAUAUUUCUGGGCAUCUUUGGUGGCCUUUGGGGGGCUUUCUUCAUUCGUGCUAACAUCGCCUGGUGCCGUCUCCGGAAGAACACCUGCCUUGGGCACUACCCUGUCCUAGAGGUUCUGUUGGUCACCCUGAUCACAGCGUUGCUAGCGUUCCCGAAUGAGUACACUCGGAUGAGUGGCAGCCAACUGAUCUCCGAGCUGUUCAACGACUGUAGUCUGCUGGACUCGUCGAGAAUCUGCGACUACAGUGGAAGCAGAACAGAAAGUGCUAAUGUUACUGUCACUAAUGGUCUGGCGGAUCGUCCGGAGGGGCCAAAGCUCUAUACGGCUAUGUUGCUGCUUGCUCUUGCACUGGUUUUUAAGAUGUUCAUCACUGUGGCUACAUUUGGCAUGAAGGUGCCAUCUGGUCUGUUCAUCCCCAGUAUGGCGGUGGGAGCUAUAGCAGGCAGGCUUGUUGGUGUGGGCAUGGAGCAGCUGGCCAUCUACCACCAUGACUGGAGUGUUUUUAGAGGCUGGUGCUCUCCUGGGGCGAACUGCAUCACGCCGGGCCUGUACGCCAUGGUGGGCGCAGCAGCCUGUCUGGGUGGUGUGACCCGUAUGACAGUCUCUCUGGUGGUCAUUAUGUUUGAGCUGACAGGAGGUUUAGAGUACAUUGUGCCUCUCAUGGCUGCUGCCAUGACCAGCAAAUGGGUCGCGGACGCUCUGGGUCGUGAGGGCAUCUACGAGGCCCACAUCCGUCUCAACGGUUACCCCUUCCUGGAAGCCAAAGAGGAAUUCCGCCACAAGACUCUUGCCACGGAUGUGAUGCGACCACGGCGGAGCGGCCCACCACUGUCUGUGCUGACGCAGAGUGGAAUGACUGUAGAGGAGGUGGAGAGACUCAUUGUAGACACCACCUACAGUGGCUUUCCUGUGGUGAUCUCACACCAGUCUCAGAGAUUGGUGGGCUUUGUGUUGAGGAGGGAUCUGGUCAUAUCUUUAGAAAAUGCACGUCGGCAUCAGGAAGGUGUGGUCAGCGUGUCUGCCGUCCUGUUCAGUGAAUGUGAUCUGCCCGCAUCACCCAACACUCCUCCUGCUGUCAAACUACACAGCAUCUUGGAUCUCAGCCCCUUCACGGUCACUGUGCACACACCCAUGGAAAUCGUGGUAGACAUCUUCCGCAAGCUAGGCCUGCGGCAGUGCCUCGUCACUCAGAACGGGCGUAUGCUGGGAAUCAUCACUAAAAAAGAUGUUCUUAAACACAUGGCGCAGAUGGCCAACAGAGACCCGGAUUCUAUCCUCUUCAACUGAAGACUCUCAGGACACACUCCUGCACACACCCACAUGCACACUGAAUCAUCCUGUGAGGAUGGUGAUGGAUGAUGAUGAUGGUGAUAAUGGUGGUGGUUGGACUGUGUGUGUCACUGAGGUACUGCUAUUCUAGAGUGGUAUGAGAUUGGCCUAAGGCAGCUUUUUGCUGCUCCAGAACUGGACAUGUUCAGACAGGAGCUGUCCGUUAGCCUGUCCGGAGGCUACAGAGACAUUAAUGUGAUAAAUGCUGUUCUCUCACACCUGUGAACCUCAUUUCAGUCCUGAUCUGAAUGGUUGCCAUUAGGACUUUCUGUAUGUGGACCAAAUGCUUUUCCUGCCAACACGUUUUUUUUUGUUUUUAUUUUCAAAUUUGGGGUGACUUCUUUUCGAGCUUUUAAUUAAUUUAUGGUGCUUUACUCUACUAAAAAAAUCAGCUUAAACUAGCUUAAGAUGGUUGUUAGUCUCGGACUGCGGGUUUAUAUAUUUUUUUACAUUUACCAGACCAACAGUCGAGUCCUUAACCAGCCAAGACCAGUAGUUUAAGCAAUUUUUUAGCAGGGAUUUCAUUCCCUGGAGUGACGUCUGACCUCGAAAGGAACUUCAGAAGGGUGAGAACAUUCCUGAAAUGAUCUGUGAAACGUGCGUUGAGGUUGUCUUGUCUGAACCUGUGUGCGUCGAAUGAUCCCUGUGGGAAGUUGUGCCGUCUUUUGUAGAAAUGCAGUGAGAUUUGGUAUAUCAUGUUGAAAAAGCCACACUUAUUCUCUCUCACUUAGACAUACUAACAAAAUGCCCACAAUAGUGCUGUUCAACUUCCUCAAUAAGUCACUCUGAAGACUUUGAGACAAGUUUUGAAGAUCACGUAACUUCUCUUCAACUUCAACUGGAGAGAAACUAGUUUAUUUUUUACGACACAAGGUGUCUAAAGGGAUGGUUCACCCCAUAAUUUACUCAACCUUGUGACAUUCUAUACCUGUAUGACUCUCUUCUGUGGAACAUAAGACAUUACAUCAUACAAUCAGAGUCAAUGGCAACAAAAACUCCUCAACUUCACCAACAUGCUUCAAAAUAUUUUCUUUUGUGACCCACAGAAGAAAGUAAGUGGUACAGAUUUGGAACAACACAAGGGUGAGUAAAUGAUGAGAAUUCUCAUUUUGAGAGUCAACUAUGCAAAACUUCACUUUGGGUUGAAGUGCGGAUUCUCCCUCCGUCUUUGUUUCAGUCUCCCUCACUCUCAGCUCAUUUUACUCCCGGAAAGCUAGUUUUCCAAAAAAAGUUGUGACUGCCAGUUUCCUAAAUGAACCAAGCUGCAAUUCCCGCUCGGCACCACCAGGAGGCACUCACAAUCUCACAGCGUGUUCCUUCUGGAUAUUUUGUACCAUUUGAUUGACUGUUGGCCCGGUUCACUCACUGGGUGUGUUGCGGCAUUCUAUCAUGUCAUUAUCUUCGGGACUCUACGUUCCCCAAACAUCUUUAUGCUCAUAUUGAGCACCAGGACCCUUACACACAGUCUUUGGAAAUGUGAAUCCACUCCUCCGUCCGUCAUCCUCACUUUCUUUCCCAUGUUUCCACGCUGUCGUCCUCAGACAACCUCAGCAAAGCAUCUCUCGGCACCGCCCUUGUUUGGCUGUGAGGAUCUGAUCAUGACAUAACGAGAUCCUCCCUGUCAAGAAAGGGCUAAAGUCCUCUUCCUUGGCAUACUCGCUCGGCUUUCGUCUCGGUGCAAUUGAAAACUUCCACCCUCCUGUUCAAUACAGGUUUUGUCCCCCCCCUGCAUUGGUAUUUGGGUUUUUAUGGCCUAUUAAAGGUAUUCGACUAGUUCCAUGCCUGUUCUAAACGCUCUCUUUCCCUGCAAGCCGUAAUUCCCGGGAGUUUGAUUCGGGGCGUGGAGGUCGGGUAGGGCUAUUGUUCCCAUUCGCUCCUGCUCGUCUGGGCUCCCGGUCGCCAGGAUGUCCCCCAACCGCUUCCCUCAAGCACCGCCACGCAGCCCUGACCGCCUUCCACUCUUAGAAAGACAAUUUCCGGUCCAGUCUUUAAACAACGGGCGAUUCUGAAAUGUUAUAAUAGAGCGGGAGGGAAAACUGAUUACUGAAAGAAAAGGUGUGUGUUUGUGUGGGGGGCCGUAGGGGUGUUGGAAGGAGAGAUUAUGCCUUUCUUUUUUGCCUCCCUAGGAAAACAUGGGAAUAUGGGAGGAGGGAGAGGAGAAAAGGUUAAUUAAACAGUGUUCACUGGUCAGUGCAAGGAUCAUUUCACAAAGGUCCCCUCUGUGUCACUCGAGGGGUUAUUGGAGAGACUUGGCACGAAGGACUUCCACUCAUUCCUGCAAUCCGGGUGGGUGCUGAGCCUCUUUGUGCUGUAACCCAACACUCCAUUGGUGCAAAUGGAGCCGGGCCAGGACCGGGACCAAAUGAAAUGUUCUAAUGUAAAACAGGACCUCCUAUGUUCUUAUCUACAGAACGUGGGCUUUAACGAAGUCAGGAAGGCAAACAAGCAGCAAGUAAACAGCUCUUUAGGUUGCAUCUACUUGCCAAUGUGUCUGCCUUUUUCUUUGUAAAUAGCCAGUUUAGGGCCGAGGACAAAUGCUAAACCUGAGUAAACUGCUUUUACAGGCGUCAGUGAGCAUGUUUACGAUGUAGAUCCGAAGAAACCUGUGAUUUUUCUCGCCAAAAAGGCAAUACGGUUAUUACCAAAUUGUUUGGAAGGAAAAGAAUCGUGCAUGAUUUAUUCCAAAGCACUCAUCCGAGAUGAUGUGUUUGUCUGUUUAUUGAUGACAUGUUAAAUUUAAUAUGUAUUUAUUUUCCACAACAAAAAUUCUAUUGCAGUAUUUGUACGUAACUUUUAUAUCGUAACGAUUAUAUCAUAUUGUUAAAUUAACUUUUGUCCAUUUGAAUAAAUCUGAGUGAUGCAUAC